AUGCUAGGGAAUCUAGCAAAAUUAGCCUCUCUGUGGGUCACUCUUCACAGCGACGCCCCUAUACUGGGAACCACCGUUCUGGCCACCAGGAGCGUUAUAAUAAAAGGCCUAAAAGAGAUUUUUUAUGGAAAGGUCAACACAGAUCCCACGGAGAGAAAAGCCUCAGAUCAACGAAAAGAAAUAAUUGACCAACUAUUAGCAAUAAGAGAUUCGGUAAGUGAUUUUCCUACAUGUCUGCCCCGCCUUUUAAGUUAUUUACAUGACUGUUGCCACAACUUUAAGGCGGGGCGAGUCGCUGCUCAUUUUGCAGCAUGGAAAGAUCUUACUAAUGAUCGUGUAAUUUUGUCUGAUGUUUUGGGAGCCAGUAUUGAGUUGUCUGCCAACCCUAAUCAACACAGGCUUCCGGGUCACGCUUUUAAUGAGCACGAAUAUUCUGUUGUUCAACAGGAAAUAAAAAAAUUGAUCCAAAAAGGGGUUAUCAUGAAAGUGAAAUACUCUCCGGGUCAGAUUUUAUCAGGAAUUUUCUUGUUUCCCAAGAAAGAUGGAACUUUUAGGCUCAUACUUAACCUCAAACGUUUUAAUGAGUUUGUGAUGCCUCAUCAUUUUAAGAUGGACUCUCUUCAAACCAUAAUUAAGCUGGUAACACCCAAUUGUUUCAUGGCAUCAAUAGAUAUGAAGGAUGCUUACUAUUCCAUCCCUGUUAAAAGUGAGGAUCGAAAGUAUUUGCGUUUUAAAUGGGAAGAUCAAUUUUAUGAAUUCACUUGUCUUCCCUAUGGGUUGUCGUGUGCCCCUACCAGUUCACUAAAAUUUUGAAACCCGUCUUAGCCACUUUACACAAACAAGGGCAUACAUCUAUGCACACCUGGAUGACCUUUAUUUACAAGGUCGGACUUAUGACGAUUGUACGUGUGUCAAAAAUGUUAUAGACACCACAGUCUUACUUGAUAAGGUGGGUCUGGUUGUCCACCCUGAGAAAUCCAGUUUCAUUCCCUCUCGGGACCUUGUUAUUCUGGGAUCUAUCAUUAGUUCAUUAUCUACUACAAUUCAACUUACUACGGAGAAGGCUUUGGGCCUCAAAACUGUUUGUAUUGCGUUUUGCCGAGCUACCACCUUAUCUAUAAGGGAAGUAGCAAGUGCAAUUGGCAGGAUAGUGGCUAGUUUUCCUGGGGUAAUGCACGGACCCUUGUUCUACAGACACUUGGAAAAAGACAUGUUUAGCCUUACAGCAGGUAAAGAGAAAUUUUGAUGCUCACAUGUCCCUUUCACAAGCUAAGUGUGAAUUGCAGUCGUGGCGUGAUAAUGUCAUGACUGCCCACAAUGUGAUAUCACAUGUGGAACCCCAACAUCAAAUUACUACAGAUGCGUCCCUCUGAGGGUAGGGAGCCGAACAUGACAGGGUAUCCACAGGGGGGAGUUGGACCUAUGUGGAAGCCCAAUACCACGGAAACUACUUGGAAUGGCUAUAUAUUUAGCCUUACAAACUUUUGCUAAAGGCUGGGCUAACACAUACAUUCGGGUAAUGUGUGCUAUAAAUACCACUGCUGUGAAUGUAAUUAAUCAUAUGGGAACGAGUCAUUCCAAUUCUUGUAAUUCAUUAGCCAAAGAAAUUUGGGAGUGGUGUAUACCUAGGGACACCUGGGUGAGUGUUACCCAUAUCCCUGGUAAACAAAAUCUUGUUGCUGAUUUUGAAUCUCGAAGGAAUCAAAGGGGUGCAGAAUGGCGGCUCAAUAAAGCCGCACUCCAAAAUGCUCUAUUAAGGUGAUUCCCUGGUUUUGCACUGCGCAUAACAAGAUGGCCGCCGUAAAAAAAGCAUGUGAAGUAACAUUAUUAAAAUGAAUUUGACUGAAGAGAAAUGCUAUUGGAAUUUCUGCUUGCGGUUGCCGAAGUGAGACUUAAUGUGUUAGGAAUGUGCAUAACGUAAGCAGUAGGCAUGUUGCUGAGUUCGACCUCCUCACGGAGAACCUCGAUAGUGGAUGUUUAACUUGUGCUUACUCACUUUGAUCUUCAUUUAAACGCUUUCCUUAUCAUAUUGUAUCCUAAAUGUGAUAUCUCGAUGUAAAUUCUUUAAAAACGGAUUUUUUAUUACUUUCUUCCUCCUUUCACAGAUCUUUCACAUACAUUCUAUUUUGAAACUCGUCCCAGCUGUCUCUCAAAAAUCGGAGAAAAUGCAUUUGAUACGCACUUUCUGCAGCUCUUCCGCAAAAACGAGUACGGUGAUCCCCAUUUUUUAUUUCAUGAUUUUAAUAAGGAUAGGGCUUCCUUUCGAUGAGAAAAAAAUUGGCACAAAUCUAUGCUCAGUUUUUUGGCAAUUUUACUAAAUUGUACGGAUUUAGUUUUCACGGGUCGAAUAGCGCGAGUCCAAUUUAAUUUUACUUUGGAGCGUAAAGUAAAAACAAGGGCAUUAAAAGGCAUUUUUCUGGUACGUGAGUGGAUAAACAAUACAUUAUAAUUAAAGUCAAAUUCUGUGCGAUACCACAUGCAUCAUGGAAAAAAUCUCUCGUUUUUGUCUAGUUUUGGGCUGCGCGCGGUUUUUGUCAAAGAGUCCUAAAUAGCCGUAUUUGUCAGCAUUGUGACAUCAAAACAAGCACGGUGACCCCCACGUUUUAUUACUUUUUUAUCAUCUUCUUGAUUUGUUACAUCAGCGUACCAAGUUUCAUGUACAAUCUAUGUUAGGUUCUUUUACUAAGGAAUUACCUUAAGGCUAAAUUUUGAGCCUGACAUUGACCUAUUUGCUUCCCGCAUUAAUGACCUUUUCCCGAAGUAUGUUUCGUACAGACCAGACCCUGAAGCUUUCGCCAUAGAUGCAUUUUCCUUACAAUGGUCUAAACUGGAUUUUUACGUGUUUCCAUGUUUCAGUGUAAUUCCCGCAGUUUUGAGCAAAAUACAGAGAGAGGAAGCUCUAGGAGUUGUCGUGUUGCCGGAUUGGCCAGCCCAAGGUUGGUAUCCCAAAGCUCUGGAGAUGCUGAAACAGGAACCAAUUUACCUCAAAGCAGGAAGGGACCUACUCCGGUUAGCAAGUCAUCCAGAGGAAGUACACCCAAUUUGGCACAAACUGAACCUUCUAGUCUGUCUCUUAUCAGGGAAAGUCUAGGAAAAUACAAUUUAUCAUCCAGUGCGAAAGAUGUCCUUAUGGCCUCUUGGAGAGAUGGUACUUCUGAGCAGUACCACACAUAUUUAAAGCGCUGGAGACAGUACUGUGAUGACAAGGAUAUUGAUUUAUUUCAACCAGGAGUACACAAUGGUGUCGAAUUUCUUGUCUCCUUAUACAAGGCUGGUCUUGGUUACAGUGCUGUAAACACGGUCCGCUCUGCCCCAGGUGGUGUGCGCACUACGAUCGCUAAGCAUCAUGGGUGGUAUUCAAAAUCUGAUCAUUUGUGUCAAGAUGGCGUGGAGUGAACAUCUCGACUGCGGAGUGAAUAUUCGUUAAUUACGCUGCAGGAAUAUACGAUUUUGCUUUGAAUCUCCUCCGGAAGCUUUUGAAAAACAAAGUCUGUCGAAUUUUCAGGGAAAAAGACAGUCUCAUUCCGUUGAUAAGUGUAUUCUGGUGUAUUUUGUUCGUAAUCACUUGCAUCCUGUUGCAACUGACCGAGAAAAGUCUGCACAGAAACGCUUUGUUCAAUGCUCCAAUCAUGAAAAGCACUAAAGGUAAGACCCGCGGUUCGCCGAAAAUUUUGAAUUCACCGUGAAAUCAGUGCAUCUAGUGCUAAGAGGUACUGAUAUGCAUAACCGUGAUAUACUCAUAAAAUACUAGGAGCUUCUUCAGAAAUAUACCAGGGCAGGGCCGGCCACGGUAUUUAAACACAGUAAGCUUACUUUAUUUUGUCAUUCAGCAUUGCAAGAUGUUCACUUGCCAGGUAUAAUAAGAGAAGUUGAGGGGGUCAUCUUUUCAAGGACUUAGUUCCCUGUUGGCACCAAGUCUGCAUUUCGUUUUUUUUUUAAUACAUCUGUAUUUAUCAUCACAUGAAGACAAGUAAAUAAAGUAGAGAGUAUUUGUGUACAAGGUUUGACUUAUGUUCUCAUUAUAGAUAAUAUUGAACACCUUUGUUCAAGCAAUACUGCAAAUUUGCGUAUAUGUUUCUUAUUGGUAUGAGUCAUAGAAUGUCUCAUAACUGGAUUGAAACUGAAAAUGGCAUAUUUGUGAUUACAAAACCUGAUGCAGUCAAUAGAUUUUAAAAGCUAUUCAGCCACUAGUUGUUUAAUGAUUGUGUCAGUAUUUACAAACACAUGUUAUUACAUGUUUUUUUGUUUUAUAAAAACUCUUCAAAAUGUGAAAUUCAUACAUGUUUACAAGUCUCCUGUAAUCAGGGCUGGGGGAACAUAGCGGGAGACCCCUUCCCUUUUUGUAAUGCCCCUCCCUCCUCCCAAUUUUUUCCAAUUCAAGUGUGGUGUCAUAGGUCUCAUUAUAUUUACAGUCAAACCAUGUUAUACGGACACUGAGUUGACAGUAGAAAUUGUCCAUUUUAACUUAGAGAAAAUUUAUUUUAAGGGCUUUUUUCCAGGGAACAAAGCAAGCUGUCUGUAAUGAUGAGCAAGGCUGUGCUCUACGGAACAUUGAAAGGAGCCCAGUUCUCUGAACCUGUAAAAUCUAGGCUGCCCAGCAUAUGAUUUGUAUGAAAAGUGUGAGAUUUUCUAGUCACCCAAGAGGAAACGUUAAGCGCCAGGGGCCACCGGGCCCUGCUAGAGCAUAGCCUUGAUGAGGUGUCUGUAUUAAGCAGUUGUCUGUAAAGAGGGCUUUUGGGUUAUCAGUUAUUGCAGUGGUGGAUCCUGGUAGUACAGUAAAACCCUGUGACUUAGAACCUGAAUUUUAAGAACCCGUUAGGCUUUAAAUUCUGCCAGAUGAGCCCCCUCUAUAUAAAAACCUGUUCAGCCUAAAAUUUGAAACAGGUUCUUAUUUUUGAAAUUUAUGAAAAAAUUCUGUACACUUGAGCAAAGAUAAAUCAAAAUUUAGAAUCUUCUUUGGAGACAAAGCUGUCUUACCACACCAACUGCAAUGUAAAAUGCCAAUGUUUAAAUGAAAUAAAAUUGUUAUAUUGAUACAAUAAUUACAAAUGAAAUACAUUCCUCUUUUUAUGUCCAUUCUCACAUAACUUCUAAUUUGGUAUGCAGACUUUAUAUGAGGAAUAAGGUAAAACACAAAUGCUCUUAGCUAUAUUUUUUCUUCAGAAAAUAUGAACCCAUUGAAAACACAAAUAGCCUAAACUUGUGCUAACUACUAUUUAUAUAAGAAUCUGUUUAGGCUUACUUGGUUAAUUCAGCUUCUUAGUCGCACGGUUUUACUGCCCCAUUGUUCCACUUUUUAUAUUUCCUUUCCCCUCUAGCGUAGAACAAGGUUUGUAGAAUCACUGAAAACUAUCUCCUACUUUCGACGGGCAAUAUAAUGGAAAUUAUAGCAUCUUAAAAACCGGGUUCAAAUUUCAUGCUCUUACAGGAGGAAUCUUUGUGCCUCACGUUUUAUAUUGAAAUGAAGAAUAAAGAUUUGUUUUUCUUCACAGAAAAAAUCUAAACAAAUAUUAGCUUACGAAAUUGAGAAAAACGAUCUAAGGAAAUAACUAUAUCUAUUGAAAAACAAAGCAUAUAACCUGCGAAAUUUCUCGACCUUCGCCGCCAUCUUGAAAAUUUUGCAUCCACAAUGCAUCGCAAUCGUAGUGCGCACACCACCUGGCUCUGCCCUUUCUUCCCUCCUUAUUUUGGAAAACAAUGAAAAGUUUGGAGAUCACCCUUUGGUUCGUUACAAGGAGAUAUGGGAUGUUCGCGUUGUGUUGGAUUAUUUGAAGACCUUUGGUGCUUCAAGUGCUUUACCGCUUAAGGAACUCACGCUCAAGUUAACCAUGUUGCUGUGUCUUACCACUGGCCAGCGUGGAAAAGUUAUUCAUAAGUUUGACAUUAACUACAUACAGGACUUGGAUGAUCGGUAUAGAAUUUCUGUCCAUGAGAAGGUAAAGCAGGCUAAACCAGGCAGACAUUUAGAGCCUAUGGAACUAUUGGCCUUUCCAGAGGACAAAAAAACUUUGUGUGGUGCAACAUUUUAG